AGAAGUGUCACGACUUGCUUGCUGUCUGCCAGCGUAGCUAUCUAACGCUAGCUAAUCAUGAAGGCUCUCCGAGGAAUGGUUAGUGGAGCCGUAAGUGAAAUUUCAUCGGCUGUCAGUGGGCACAAGACUCCUGCUGCUCGAGAGCAUGCAUUUGCCGUGAGUCGUGACUACAUCUCUCAACCGAGACUAACGUAUAAAACAGUGUCUGGUGUCAAUGGCCCACUGGUGAUUUUGGACCAAGUAAAGUUUCCCAGGUAUGCUGAGAUUGUCCACCUUACCCUUCCUGAUGGCACCAAACGUAGCGGGCAGGUAUUGGAGGUCACUGGCUCCAAAGCUGUAGUCCAGGUGUUUGAGGGAACAUCAGGCAUUGAUGCAAAGAAGACAUGCUGUGAAUUUACAGGGGACAUUUUGCGUACACCGGUGUCGGAGGAUAUGCUUGGUCGUGUCUUCAAUGGCUCAGGGAAGCCGAUUGAUCGGGGUCCUGCUGUUUUGGCAGAGGACUAUUUAGACAUCAUGGGCCAACCCAUCAACCCACAGUGUCGUAUCUACCCUGAGGAGAUGAUCCAGACAGGCAUCUCUGCCAUCGAUGGCAUGAACAGCAUUGCCAGGGGACAGAAAAUACCCAUUUUCUCUGCAGCUGGUCUCCCUCAUAAUGAGAUUGCUGCCCAGAUCUGCCGUCAGGCUGGCCUAGUAAAGAAGUCCAAAGAUGUGAUGGACUACAAUGAAGAUAACUUCGCCAUUGUGUUUGCAGCCAUGGGGGUCAACAUGGAGACAGCUAGAUUUUUUAAAUCUGACUUUGAGGAGAAUGGUUCCAUGGACAAUGUGUGCCUGUUCCUGAAUCUGGCCAAUGACCCCACGAUUGAACGCAUCAUCACCCCUCGCCUGGCCCUGACCGCUGCAGAAUUCCUGGCCUAUCAGUGUGAGAAACACGUGCUGGUAAUCCUGACGGACAUGAGCUCCUACGCAGAGGCUUUAAGAGAGGUGUCGGCAGCCAGAGAGGAAGUUCCAGGCCGCCGAGGUUUCCCGGGCUACAUGUACACCGAUCUGGCCACGAUCUAUGAGCGAGCUGGGCGUGUGGAGGGCCGCAAUGGCUCCAUUACCCAGAUCCCCAUCCUCACUAUGCCCAACGACGAUAUUACACAUCCUAUUCCUGAUUUGACUGGUUACAUCACAGAGGGACAGAUCUAUGUUGAUAGACAGCUUCACAACAGACAGAUUUACCCCCCCAUCAAUGUUCUACCUUCUCUCUCUCGACUCAUGAAGUCAGCCAUUGGUGAGGGGAUGACGAGAAAGGACCACUCGGAUGUGUCCAACCAGCUGUACGCCUGCUAUGCCAUUGGGAAAGAUGUGCAAGCCAUGAAGGCUGUGGUAGGUGAGGAGGCCCUGACUGCCGACGACCUACUGUACCUGGAGUUUCUCCAGAAGUUUGAGAAGAACUUCAUAUCUCAAGGUGCAUAUGAGAACCGAAGUGUGUAUGAAACUCUAGACAUCGGCUGGCAGCUCAUGCGAAUCUUCCCCAAAGAGAUGCUGAAGAGAAUUCCACAGAACAUGCUGGCAGAGUUCUAUCCUCGAGACUCCAAACACUGAGCCUCUCUUCUCCUGGUCUCAACACCGCUUCUCUCAAUCCCCCCCCUCAGAUUUCUCAACCUGUGCUACUCACACCUGGACCUCUCAGUCUUGAUCCUGUAUUUCAUGCUUCUGUUUCUCUGCUUUUGGUCAUUAUGUCAUUGUAGCCAAACCGUAAUGUAAAGAUUGUUGUGAAAAUUGUUGCAACACUGCAGUAAUAAGAUGUGCUGCCUUAUGUGUAAAAUAACAUUGUGACUAAUUAGUUUACUAGAGGAAACCUUUAGUCCUUUUGUGGACAGAGUGGAUGUGUUGCCAAUCAUAAAAUCUGGACUACAGUGUAUGCUGGAAAACAACACUAAUUUUAGCACUGCUGUCUUAGAUUUGGAAAAAAAAAAAAAAAAAUCUCUGCAUGUAAAUUCUUUAUGACCUAAUCUCACUGACUGGCAAAUGUGCCAGCUAACAUCAGUGGUUCCUCUUAAUGUUACAAGUAUUACCACCAAGAUGCUAUGAUUUUGUUCUACCCUGUGAUUGUCCUUUUCAUAGAUCAUAAUGUAGAGAAGCCAUAUGUUCAGUAAUACUUGCAAAUGUUGGGGCUGUAUACAUCUUUUAAAGGUUUUAAAAAUUCAGUGAGCAAUAUUACUAUUUGUUUAGUUGGUUUGAAAACAAACAAACAAAAAAACUUUCUACACGUUCUGUAUUGCUCACCUGGCUUUGUACUUUGGUUAUUGGCUGAACAUUGUUGGGACAGUUUUAUGAAAGAGUUUCAUUGUGUAAAUGUAAACUUUUAUGUUGCACUUAAUUAACAGAAUAAUGUUUACUUAUUUCAUAAAUACAGUAUUUAUUUGUUAUGUACAUUCACCAUUGUUUAAUUUUAUUUGUAUGUGCCAUGGAUUUUGGGUGUUCUCCUGCUAUCCUUCCUUGAAUCAGUGUGCCGCAGUAAAAUAUGUAAUACCUCGUGAGUUUCAUUUGAAAGACUGCUUUGUCUGAGUGCAUGAAAAUGAUAUUGUAAACUGUUUGUAGUCUGUCCUGUCUAUGGAAUAAAAUCUGAUAUUGUGACA